CGCCAUGGCGACUUCCCGGUGCCGCCGGUGGCCCCUGGCCCCGCUGGCCCCGCUGAGCCGUUGCCUCGGCUUGCGGUGCUUCGCCACGCGCGACGCCUACAGCGUCAUGGGACUCGACCGCAGCGCCACAGCGCAGGAGGUGAAGGAACGCUUCCGGACGCUGGCGAAGCAAUAUCAUCCGGAUCUGAACACAUCUGACCGAAGUGCUUCUAUCAAGAUGGCCGAGCUGACCAGCGCAUACGACACGCUCAUGGAUCCCAAGCGUCGUGCCGCCCUGGACCAAGCCACUGCAGGGGCAUAUGCUGGGGCAGGAUACAACAGCUACACUGGAGGAUUUCCCAACUUCAAUCAGAGCGAUGAAUGGGUUUCUCCGUCGCAGAUGUAUUCCGAGUAUUCCGAUUUGUUUGGUCGCAACUCGCAGUUUCGCACAACUGGCAACGAUGCUGCUAGUGCACAAAGGGGAGAAGAUGUCAGCACCAACGUGGAGGUUCCCUUCCUGGACGCCGCGCAGGGCUGCGAGAAGGUCAUUUCCUUGCGACUGAAGCAGGUGUGCACGGAUUGCAGAGGUUCUGGAGCCCGGGAGGGAACGACUUGGUCCAAGUGCCGAGUUUGCAAGGGCAGUGGCGUCCAUCGACAAGAGAAGGGAAUCUUCAGCAUGGGUCUUCCCUGCCAACGUUGCCGCGGAAGUGGUAUGGUCCUGGACCAUCCCUGUCGCAGCUGUCGUGGCGAGACCACCAAGAUGAUGACGCGCGAGAUCCGCGUAAGCAUCCCUGCGGGCGUGCGGAACCAGAUGGAGCUGCGUCUCGCCAAUGCGGGGCACGCUGGGUCCCAUGGCGGUAAGGCUGGACACCUCUUCGUGCAGGUGAAGGUUUUGCCGCACGAGCGCUUCCGCCUGGUCGAGGAUGAUGUACACCUGGACGUGCCAUUGACCUUGCGUCAGGCUUUACUGGGAGCCGAAGUGACCAUCCCCACCAUCGAGGGACGAUCAGAACGCUUGGUGGUGCAGGCACCCGCCCAGCCGGGCACCACCAAAGUGCUGCGUGGCCGCGGCCCACCACGCUGCGAUGCGUCGGGGCGAGGGAAUUUGGUGCUGCACUUCUUGCUGCAUCUGCCCAGGACGUUGAGCCCCAGACAGGUGGAGUUGAUUGAAGAGUUUGAUGGAUUGCAGAUGGCCAAAACGUCCUACACCGAGGCGAUGGAUCGAUCCAAGGGAAAUACGGUGCAGGUGCGAGGCUACUGGGGUGACAUUGUAAACAGUCCAUAUCACGGCUUUUGCACCAGAACGGAUCCAGAGGUGAGGCAUCGCCUGUUCAAGAUCAACUCACAACAGUGCGCCGGGGAGCGGCGUGUUUCAGAUAGGCUACCAGGUAACAGCAUCUAA